GUAGGAUAAUAUAUUUUAAAUCCUCGCUAUGACGUCAUUUGAAACUCGAGUCGCUCACGCGCAGUUGCAUUACUUCCCCAUGAACACCAGUCGACGAGGUCAUGCCGCUGGUGGCAUCAACUACCCCAAGUACAUCACAGGGUUCCUCGUCACGCUGACGUUGGUCUACUUUGUCUGGGUGCAGAAGUCCUUUGCGCCAAGCUCACCGCCACUCCUCAAGGCGUCCGAUGCCGAAGCCAAACUCGCCGUAGAGUCGACUUCUGCCCCGCCCACGCCAGUGGUGCGGACUUGGUCUCGCGCUCCUGGCCGUCGAUACGUGUGGAUCGAUGUGGAAAUCGAUGGCGAGCCAGUUGGCCGCAUCACCGCCGAGCUGUACAUGGACAUCGUGCCCGCGACGGCCGAGAACUUUCGCGCGCUCGUGACGGGGGACAACGCCGCAGGGAUCUCAUACAAGGGAUCGGUAUGCCAUCGCAUCAUCACUGGCUUUAUCGUGCAAUGCGGCGACUUUGAAACCGGCAAAGGUUACGGCGGCCGUAGCAUUUACAGCUCCGGCAAAUUCAAGGACGAACCCGCGGGCCUCCAGCUCAAGCACGACAAGCGCUACGUGCUGCAGAUGGCCAACUCGGGGGAGGACACGAACGGGUCGCAGUUCUGCUUCAUGCUGGGCGCGGCGCCGCACCUGAAUGGCCGCCAUGUGGUGUUUGGACAGGUCGUGGAAGGCUUUGAGGUCGUGGACUUGAUGGAAACGGCGGGGUCCGCGGAAGAUGGCGUCAUAUUGAACCACAACGUCGUACUCAAGGACGGUGGGGAGUACCUCAAUUAACACUUUAUUGUCCAAUCAAAAUUGCGCAUUUUACUAUGUUUUGCCCAAUAAAAUAAUUAUCAUAAUUUGG